UGCGUGAGGGAGCCGCCAAGUUCUGAAUGACCAGGGAGGCCUUGCGGGCGCGGGAGUCCAAGUUGCCAUAGUGACCAAGCCCUCUAAAGGCCGGCUGUUCCUGCUGCAUUGUACACGACUGGCCGGGCAGUUACCUGGGGCAUCUAACAUCAGUCUUCUGAAAUCUGGACCUCAUUUGUAUUUGACAUCCGUGGAUUGUCUCCUGCCAACACGUGAUAUACCUUCUGCUGUAGUUGAAACAUCUACUGCAGUUGUCUUGAGGGUUUGUUGGAGAUGCUGAAUGGCUCAGUUGCAGCUGGCUGUGUGUUCAUAUAUGGAUCCAAUGGUGUCCAAACCAAAUCUUCCUGCAACAAGCCAGGAAAGGUGUCAUCCUGAGGCUCUUAGAGACCAGUCACAACUAGAGCACCUGAGGACUAAUAUCCAGCACCAGCUCCUGUGCAACACAGAUAAGAAGCUGAAUGAUCUUCAUCUCCAAAAAGGCUGGAGCUCUUCCUAUUCCCAGCCUGCAGAACGUAGUCAGCUGAUCUUGGAAAAAGCAGGCUUUUACUCUGCUGGCCCCCACAACUGGUAUCUCAAGAGUCAGGCCCGCACUCUGCCUGUCCACUGGAGAACCAAGCGGAAAGAAGGUGUGGACAGGGCAUACCCAUUAAAACCAGUUUUCCCCCAUAAAGCUGGGAAUACUCCUGUACCUAGUUCUUGGCAAGUUGGGAGCCCAUCAGCUAUAGAGAUUCCUUCCAGUUCAGAGAAAAAGGGAGGGUCCCAUGCAGUCAAGGCUCAGCCUAUUGGAGUUCCUUUUUCAGCUGAGCAAUCCAAGAAAACAGCUUCUUCUCUUCAAAGGGCAGAGUCAGGCUACAUUCAAAAACUUGAAGCUGCUGGACGGAGCUUGGAGGAGGAGAUCCAAUGGAAAGAGGCCCUUCUCAGGGAGAAGUUGAAGAGAACAGAAGAAGAGCUCCGGAGGAUCCAGUGGGGGCAGCAGCAGCCAAAGGCAGAAGCAAGAAAGGAACGAGGACAACUAUGGAUGCCUGAAAGGAAAGCAGCAAAUAUUAUUCAGGGCUGUGUUUCCAGAUCUACAGCCCAGCCACAUGAUGGUCAAAGGGUACAAGUUCCAGAGAGCCCUAUAGCCUCAGUGCAGACUGCCUUGAUUCCCCAGGCACUCCACAUAGAAAAGCUCAAAAAGCAAAGGUUGGUGGCUAGCAACAGUAAAAUUCAAGAAAAUAUAUUCCAGGAGAAUCCAAGCACUCCUAGCCCAAAACUGGCUUCCAGCCAUGACCAGGCUCCUCUAGCAUCAGUCCCUUUAGAACAGGCUGACUGUGUGGCAGCAGAACCAUCAUAUAUGGAGGCUCCAAGUAGUGUAGAGGAUUGGGGAGAGUGUAGUUUCUGUGGAAGAAAGCUUUACUGCUCCAGAUUGGAGAAGCACAUAAGUAUCUGCAGCAAGAAUCAUGGCUCCAAGAGAAAAGUAUUUGACUCAAGUAAGGCCAGAGCGAAGGGCACUGAAUUGGAGACCUAUCAUCUCUUGAAAGGCUCAGAUACUUCUCAGAAAAAAACUUCCAAUCAAAGCACUAAGGCUUCCAAGCAAAGCAGUGAGAUAUCUAAACAAAGCAACUGGAGACAGAAGCAUGAAUCUUUCAUCAAGACGCUGCGUAGGGCUCGCGAGAUGCAGCGGAUAAUCGCCAAAGGGGGAAAGGCUUCAGAUCUUCCCCCAGCACCUGCCAUGGAAAAUCCAGACUACAAAUUAUGCCCAUAUUGCACCCGUCAGUUUGCACCUAAGGUGGCUGAGAGACAUAUUCCCAAGUGCAAGAACAUUAAGAACAGGCCACCGCCGCCACCACAGCAAAAGAGACGUUGCUAGUAGUGGGCCAAAUUGGCAUCUGACAGACAUAGUAAUAUUGGGCCCCCUGUCAUUUCUCUUAGUUGACAACACAUAAUAGCAGCAUGCCCAGUGCUGCUGCUGCUUCUUUUUUUAAUACAGAAGAGUGUUAAAUCAGUGAGAAGCCUACUAGCUGUGAACAGAAUAUUAAAAUCCUUAUAUUGUG